AUGGUUUCUGCCAUGAAGCUUGCAGCUGUGUUUAUUCUUGUAUGGCUGGAUUAUUGUGACUCUAUAGUGAUGAUUAAUUCAGGUUCUCCCUCGGACUGUCCCUUCACCUGGGUAUCCUACCCCAACAGCGACUUCUGCUACAAGUUCUGGAAAAGGACCCUGCCCAUACCACGUGACAAGGCCGUCCAUGUUUGCCGGCUGGUGGGGUCAGAGUUGGUGACCUUUGAUUCACAGGAGGAGCUGACGUGGCUGAUAUCCCAAGGCAAACUGUAUCAAACGUUCCGGCCAUACCCUGAAUGGUGGAUUGAUGUCCGCUACACAGAGAAGGGGCUGGUGGAUACGAACGGUGAUCCAUAUCAUAUCCAGUUCCCAACUACUGCGUUUUACCAGCCGUCCUUGACCGUACCUUGCGGGUACAUCUCAAAUGAUGACGUCAGGUUCGACAACUGUACCCAACACACCGGAGUUAUUUGUAAACAGCGGAAAGAUACUGUCUUGUUGUGUGACUACGACGACGGGUGGGUCGCAGUCAACGGCUCAUGUCUGCGUCACUCGGUCGUCAAGAAGACAUGGAACGACGCAAUAACAACUUGUGAGAAACUACAAAGUGCUCUCGCCACAGUCGACAACUCAAUCAGGACAUCAUUUGUAUUCCACGAGUCAAUGUUUCGCAUCUCAUGGGUGGGAUUCCAGCAGUCGUCUAGUGGGGCUUUCACAUGGAGCAACGGAACUCCUGUAAAUACUUCUUUACUACAGCCACAAUCAACCCCCAAAAGUGGCAAGUCGGAAAGAUGGUCCCUAGAUAACUGUAGUUACCUGAACGUGAGCAGUGCCAGUGAGUACCGUCUGGGUACUGGUGGCUGCAUGGAGACCCGGGAGUUCACGUGCGAGAAGAUGCAGGGCCAGUGUCCCGAUGGAUGGCUCAUCUACAGGUCGACCUGCUUCAAGUUUUUCCCAAGAAUUGAGAUGACCUGUAUGGAAGCCAGGAAUUAUUGUCUCUCUCUGGACGCUGACUUGCUCAAAAUCUUAUCGGCAGGUAUUCAGAUGAAAGUUAACGAACUUCUCUCAGAAUUCGAAGCAAUGUCUGUCAAUUAUUUCUGGAUUGGAAUAUCAGAUUUUCCUGGCAUGGAGUUCUUCAAAUGGGUAGACGGAACCCCAGUCAGUAACUAUGACAACUGGAGCUUAAAUCCCCCAGUGAAUGUCGCUGGUCUACAGGAGUGUGCCUAUAUUGACACAGCCGAUCCUUUAGGCAAGUGGCGAGUGGACAGUGCUCUACGGUACAAACCUUUUGGCUGCAGUAGAGCUGCCAGUAAACCAAUAGGUCACGCCAACCUUAGACCAGGUGAAGCAGACUGUGAGGACGGCUGGAGAGUCGUUGGUGACUCCUGCAUCUACAUCAGUGGCGUCAUCACUGACUGGGUAGACGCAACUACAAAAUGUGCGUCUUUGAACAGUCAAGUUGCCGUCAUUAAGACACAAGACGCCUACAGAAAUUUGGCCGAUCCGUACAGUGAAAAAUGUGGCCAAUCUUGGGUUGAAAGGUCAGGGACAGACUUUUGUUACCAGUUUAGAGACUUGAGCACAACAUGGGAUGAAGCAGUGAUGAUUUGCAGCAACCAGAAUGGGAGCUUGGCCAGCAUCACGUCACAGGAGGAACAGAGGUUUAUAGAAGUGGGUGAUGCUGCCGUGACCAUAGAGGUACAAACUACACCUCCAGGAGUGUCAGGGUCAGGCUACAUGGGCUGUCCAGCAGGAUGGGACCUGUACAACAGCCAGUGCUACAUGACCCAGGUCCAGCACGUGACGUGGAGUGAGGCACAAGCCUGGUGUAAAGAUCAAAACUCACAUCUCGCUAAACUUGAAUCGUUCAGGGAGAACUUCUUCCUCUGGGGCAGUUUACCGCAAACCAGCCCAGAAAGCGGAUUCUGGAUCGGUUUGAAAAAAAACCAUUCGGACAAAAUCUUUCGAUGGACGGACAACUCUGCUGCAUCACUCACAAACUGGAACUAUGAUUCUCAAAUCACUCAGAUCUCAUUGACAAGUGUGGGGCCGUGUGUUGCUGUGAACACGAGGGAUGGGAAAUGGGAUGAAGUUGACUGUAACACCAAGAUGGCGGGAUACGUCUGUAUGAGACCAGCUGAAACACUGAGUUAUCCUUCCUUGCCCUUCUACAGGGUCGGAUGUAGUUAUGACAGCUUCGGUUACGGGCCUUCGUGUUUCACAGUUUAUGACGCGGAGAAGACCUGGGAUGACGCCCAGUCUUCCUGUCAGUCAGUCAAAGGUCAUCUGGCAGUCAUUCCUGAUGGUCAAACGAAUGCCUUCAUCAAGUCCCAGCUACCGGAAGAAAGAAGUUCCUACUGGAUCGGUUUGUCAACUACCAGUGACAGCAUCGCUUGGGUCAAUGACCAGAUUAUCACCUAUCUUCCAAUUAGCCUUGUGUCCAGCUACGUAUCCCUCAACGCCUGUUACGUCAUGGACUCUUCUGCCUGGUUAAACAGCUGGUACGAUAGAGAAUGUGAUGGUAACGAAUCUUUUAUCUGUCAGUCAAGUCGCCAAGGGUACAUCAGACCAUCGGUCACGACAUCCACGUCAUCCACACAGACGUGUCCACAGAACUGGAAGCUGUUUGGGGACCGCUGCUAUUACAUCUCCCUGGACAAGCAGAGCAUGCGAGAUGCCGAGAGGGCCUGCCAGAGUUUUGGCACUAGCCUAGCCAGCAUCCACACUGACCACCAGACGAUUCUACUCACCUAUGAAUUCUCCAGGUUAAGUGAUUCCAGAAGUUUCUGGAUAGGCCUCUACAUGGACAACGGAUCCACAGCAUGUUCCGGCCCGUCCUGGACUUACUACAAUGGGUUCUGCUACUACGUCAGUGCCGACCUCAGGGACUGGCAUGGUGCCAGAUCCACGUGCCUGUCGCUCGGAGCUGACCUGGUCAGCGUGCACUCACUGGACGAAGAACAUGCUCUGUCCACUCUGAAAUCGGAUGUCUGGUUGGACGAGUCGUGCACUGCUUUGACAAGGUUUGUGUGCAAGAGGAGAGGUCAAGAGGUCAAUGACCCCUCCAGCAGCCCUACCCCAGCGACCAGCAGUCCGGGGUCUGGAACUACAGACACUGACCCAGGGGAAGAUGGAAUCUGUCCUCACAAGUUUUUCAGCUUAGCGGUCAGCAGGAAGUGCUAUUACCUCAGUGACAAAAGACUGGACUGGUCAAGUGCCAGACAGGCCUGCAAGAACAUGAGCACUGCCGUGAACGUCACGUUGGCAUCAAUAAACAGCCAGGUGGAUCAAGACAUGGUCAUCAUGCUAGCGAGAGAAUAUAAACAAGAUUUCUGGAUUGGGUUCAAUAACACAGACAGAAGCGAGUUCCAAUGGGUGGAUGGUUCACAGGUGACCUUCGUCAACUGGGGUCGCAGAGAGCCAAGGGUGCCAUCCCAUUACAGUUAUUAUGUUUCUCUGUUUCAUUCUACACGCACUUCAACCCCCAGCUGUUUCAUUCUACACUCAACAUCAGACGAGUCCAUCGCCCCACUUUAUGUUUGUAAGAGGCCAGUAUAG